AUGCUCAUGGCUGACCACAUUGAUGCUAUAAUUAAUAAGGCAUAUAAAAAUUUAGGAUUUGUUAUAAGGUCUUGCAAGCCAUUCAAAAAUUUAUCUUCAUUAAAAAUAGUAUUUUGCUCGUACGUGCGCAGUACCCUCGAAUAUGCGAGUCCUGUUUGGUCUCCCCAGUAUAUUAUAUACAACAGCCGCCUGGAGCGAUUGCAGAAGAUAUUUGUCGACCACCUUAAAUACCGAUCACGCAAGUCAUUCGAUAGCUAUGAGGCGUCGUGUCAUGAGUUUGGCCUGCUAACACUGUCGGAGCGUCGCCAGAUGAUGGACAUGUGCCUGCUUCACGACAUCGUGCGCGGAGGCCUGGACUGCCCGGAGCUGGUGUCGCGGGUGCAGUACCGCGUGCCGGGGCGGCGCACGCGACACACGCCACUCCUGCAUGUGCCGUUGCAUCGCACUAAUUAUGCACAAAAUGCUACACUCACGCGAAUACCAAGAAUUUAUAAUUCCACCUUCAGCCAUAUAGACCUCUUCACACACACUAAAUCAUCAUUUAAAACUCAAAUUAUUAAAACUAUUUUAUCCAACUAA